GCCAGUCCGUCGCCGAUUUAGUCGAGUCGCAAACUUUUGGCGGAGCGGUCUACGGUGCAGAAUGUCCAGAGGCGGUGCUAUCAACUUGACGGACCUAUCCGGGGGGCAGGUGGCCGAGUGGCUCCAAAGUUUCGACACGAUUCUCUGCGACGGCGAUGGCACCAUUUGGCAGGAUGACACGGCCAUCGAGGGCGCUCCGGAUGUGCUGAAUGCCCUGCAGCAUCGCUUGGGCAAGAAAGUCUACCUGAUUACCAACAAUGGUCUAAAGACACGCCAGGAGCUCUUUGAGCGCUCGCAGCGGCUUGGAUUCCAUUUGCCCAGCGACCGACACAUCAUAUCGCCCACGGCGGCCAUCGCCGACUAUCUGGUCCAGAGUCCGGAGUUCGAUAGGACCCGCCACAAGGUCUAUGUGGUGGGCAACGCGGCCAUCGCCCGGGAAUUAAGGCAGCACGGAAUCGACAGCUACGGAGCCGGGGGAACGGAGGUACUGCCUCCGGGCGACAAGUGGCCGGACUUUGUGGCUCGCGAAUUCGGCAGCCCGGAGGCGGCCAAGGACGUGGGUGCCGUGGUGGUCGGCUGGGAUGAGUACUUUAGCUACUGCAAGAUGGCCCGCGCCUGUCACAUCCUGUGCAGCAAUCCGGACUGCGCCUUCCUUGUCACCAACCGGGAUGCCGUGCACAAGUAUCCCGCCUUCUGUAUCCCCGGCACUGGGGCCUUUGUGGCCGGAAUCGAAGCCUGUUCCGAGCGCGAAGCCCUCGAGAUGGGCAAGCCAAAUCCCUUGGUCCUUGAGCCCCUCACCAAGUCCGGCGAGCUGCAGCCGGAACGAACGCUUAUGAUUGGUGACUGCCUCAAAAUAGAUGUCGGUUUCGCCAGUAAUUGUGGCAUGCUAUCGCUUCUGGUGGGCACUGGUAGAUACAAUAAUCUCUCGGAUGUCCGCCGGGAAAACGGCAAGCUGGCCCAGCCAGAUUUUUAUCUACCCCGACUGGCCGAUCUGCUGGCCUAUUUGUGAGCCAUAAAUCCACCCGGUUCCCAAUUCCCGUGCAGCUAUCAACUCGUUAUCAACUUCUUAAUUCGACAUUUAUUUGGCUUUAGUUCGUGUGUUUACACAUAGUUGUACAUAUUUCAUCUGCCGGCAAGUAACACUCUCUGCUGGAUAUUUUCGUUAUAUAUAAGAGUGGUUAAAAAAUUGCAGGGCCGGAAAGUUAUCCAUGAACAAAAAUAUUUUAAACUAUAUAUUUUAUAAUACUAUAUAAAACAUACAUGUAGUUGUUACAAUUUUGAAAUGUACUAAAUAUCCGCAAAUGUAUAUAAACGAUAUAUUCCAAUGAAAA